UGCAGCAGAAAUAGUUUUUGGAAAAAUAUUUCAAUUCUCUCCUCAUUUCAUGCUCUUUCAUAAUGCAUCACAAGUUGCUUACAAUUGAGAAAGAAAUUUGAUAUUUUGAGAAACAAUUGAGAAAAAAAAUUUCAAUUAUUUGGUAGCUAUUUAUUAUCUUUUUGCUUUUCAAUCUCCCAUUUAUCUUAAUUGCUGAUGUGGCAGGGAAGGAUAAUCAACAUAGCAUCAAUUGUUGGUCUUGUUGGUAACGUUGGGCACGCCAAUUAUAAUGCUGCAAAGGCAGGGGUACUUGGCCUCACAAAAACCAUGGCAAGGGAAUAUGUGAGUAGGAAUAUUAAUGGACACCAGAGUUCAUGGCUUCAGAAGUAUAUGCUGAAGAAUAAAAUGAAUUGGUACAAAACAUUCUUCAACAGAUGGUAUCUAGACCAGUGAAGACUACAGAUUCUAUGCUAUAUCAGUUGAGUUCAGUGAAUUUAGUAAUAAAGACAAGACAUUAAAUUAAAUCAUAACUCAUGGGGUUUGUCUUGAUGUUUUUGCUAUUAUUUUUUGACAAAUGUUAAAACAUG